GGCCAACGUGAUCAUAAUUCCUUUCGGUUAAAUCCUUUGCAAAUCGAUCAAUCUCUAUUUGUCAAAGCAAAAUAAAUUCUACCCACUUUGUAGUUUUUUCUUUCUUUUCUCAAUUUGCCUGCAACACCAUCGCCCUUUCCCGUUUUGCCUUUUGGCUUUAAUCCCAAGAUAGGUGGUGUUUGCAGGCCAAUAAGGUCAAAGAAACAAAAAAUACAACAAUUCUAAUUCGUUUCUUCAAUACCCAUUUCAUUGUUUUUGGAGAUCGUUUCUUGAAUUUCCUUUUUUCUUUUUCAUGUUUUGAUUUUGGAUAAUUAAUUUAAAGAUGCAGCACAAUAUAUUUACUACAAUGCGUAGUUUAAAGCUGAUAGACGGUUGUAAGGGCACCCAGGUGUAUGCCAUUAAUCCAUCUGGGGCACCCCCGCCCCCGCCACCUGCAGCUGGAGGAGGAGGAGGAGGAACUGGGGGAGUCGCCGACAAGCUCUUCCACCACCUACAAGACCAACGGAGACUCAACUCUAUUCGAUCCAAAUCUAAUCGAAACUACCAGGCUUCUAACCAGACUUCUGCCGCCGUUGCCACGGAGACCCUUUUGCCCUAUGGGCUUCCCGUCAAUGAUCUGUUUGAGCCCCAGAUCGAUCCCUGUCUUAAGCCCAUCGGUUUCGUCAACAAGCUGGCGGAUAUGUACCGUAAGAUUGAGAAUGGCUCUCAAUUCGAAAAAUCAGGAGUUUAUCUUGAGCAAUGCGCCAUCUUCCGAGGCUUGUUCGAUCCGAAACUGUUCCGAAGGAGCCUCCGCUCCGUCAGGCAGCACGCGGUUGACGUUCACUCCAAGGUUGUUCUUGCAGCGUGGUUGCGCUAUGAGAGGAGAGAAGAUGAGCUUAUUGGCACAAGGCCGAUGGAUUGUUGUGGACGGAACCUUGAGUGUCCAACAGCUACUCUAGUUUCCGGGUACGAUCCCGAAUCCGUUUACGACUCGUGUAUGUGUUCUGGAACUCCCCGAGGGGAAUCCGAUGGAGAGGUAUCAAUCGACGAUGAGGAGUGUUCAACUUCUGAGGAAGAUGGGGAUAUGUCAUUUUGCAUCGGAGAUGAUGAGAUUAGGUGUAUAAGAUACAAAAUGGCCUCGUUAUCGAGACCCUUCAAGGCAAUGCUAUACGGUAGCUUCAGGGAGUCGAAAAGGGAGAAGAUAAAUUUUAGCCAGAAUGGGAUUUCAUCUGAGGGGAUGAGAGCUGCAGAGAUAUUUAGCAGGACAAAGAGGUUAGAUUAUUUUGAUCCUAAAAUUGUUUUGGAGCUUCUUUCAUUCGCAAACAAGUUUUGCUGCGAGGAGAUGAAGUCUGCUUGCGACACCCACUUGGCAUCUCUGGUUUGUGAAAUGGAGGAUGCAUUGUUGUUGAUUGAGUAUGGAUUGGAAGAGACUGCGUAUCUCCUUGUCGCAGCUUGCUUGCAGGUGUUCCUGAGAGAGCUCCCAAGUUCGAUGCACAAUCCUAGUGUUAUGAGAGUUUUUUGUAGUUUGGAUGCCAGGAAAAGACUGGCUCAAGCUGGACAUUCAUCGUUUUUAUUGUAUUAUUUGUUGAGUCAGAUUGCUAUAGAGGAUGACAUGAAGUCCAACACAACUGUGAUGCUUCUUGAGAGGUUGCGUGAGUGCGCGACGGAGGAGUGGCAGAAGCAGCUGGCACAGCACCAGUUAGGUGUUGUGAUGCUUGAGAGGAAAGAGUUCAAGGAUGCCCAACGUUGGUUCCAAGCAGCCUUUGAUGCUGGUCAUGUUUACUCCUUAGUGGGUGUUGCCAGGGCUAAAUUCAACCGUGGUCAUAAAUAUUCUGCAUACAAAUUGAUGAAUUCACUCAUUUCAGAUACACCAGUUGGGUGUAUGUAUCAGGAGCGUUCAUUGUAUUGUCUUGGGAAGGAGAAGCUGGUGGAUUUGGAUACUGCUACUGAAUUGGAUCCCACUCUUUCUUUUCCAUACAAAUAUCGUUCUGUUUCCUUUGUGGAGGACAAACAGUUUGGAGCUGCCAUCUCCGAAAUCAAUAAAAUAAUUGGUUUCAAGGCCUCUCCUGACUGUCUUGAGCUACGAGCUUGGAUUUGCAUUGCCAUGGAGGAUUAUGAAGGUGCUCUUAGAGACAUACGAGCCCUUUUGACGUUAGACCCAAAUUAUAUGAUGUUUCAUGGGAAAGUGCAGGGUGAUCACAUGGUUGAGGUCCUCCGUCCUCUCGGUCAGCAGUGGAAUCAGGCUGAUUGCUGGAUGCAGCUAUAUGACAGAUGGUCCUCGGUUGAUGAUAUUGGCUCCCUUGCUGUUGUACACCUUAUGUUGGCUAAUGAUCCUGGAAAGAGCCUUCUUUGGUUUAGGCAGUCUCUGCUUCUUUUGCGGUUAAACUGUCAAAAGGCUGCAAUGCGUAGUCUAAGGUUGGCUAGAAAUUAUUCUAAUACAGAGCACGAAAGGCUUGUGUAUGAAGGAUGGAUAUUAUAUGACACUGGACAUCGUGAAGAAGCCCUUGCGAAGGCUGAGGAAUCCAUUUCAAUCCAGAGGUCAUUUGAAGCCUUUUUUCUAAAAGCUUAUGCUUUAGCAGAUUCAAACCUCGAUCCUGACUCCUCAACAUAUGUAAUCCAACUUCUGGAGGAAGCUCUUCGAUGCCCAUCAGAUGGUCUUCGUAAAGGACAAGCAUUGAAUAACCUAGGUAGUGUCUAUGUAGACUGUGAUAAACUGGAUCUUGCAGCUGAUUGCUAUAUGAAUGCUCUUAACAUCAAGCAUACACGAGCACAUCAGGGUCUAGCACGAGUGUAUCAUCUUAAGAAUCAACGAAAAGCCGCAUAUGAUGAGAUGACAAAGCUGAUUGAAAAGGCUCAGAACAAUGCAUCUGCCUAUGAGAAGCGCUCAGAAUACUGUGACCGCGACAUGGCAAAAAGUGAUCUUAGUAUGGCAACACAUCUUGAUCCACUAAGGACAUAUCCAUAUAGAUAUAGAGCAGCAGUUCUGAUGGAUGACCACAAAGAAGUUGAAGCAAUAGCUGAGCUCACAAAGGCGAUAGCUUUUAAGCCGGAUCUACAACUGUUGCACCUUCGAGCAGCAUUUCAUGACUCAAUGGGUGAUUAUGAGUCUACUAUUAAAGAUUGUGAAGCAGCCCUCUGUCUUGAUCCUGGCCAUGCUGAGACGCUAGAGCUGUAUAACAAAGCACGUGAGCAGGUUAAUGAACAGACUAAUGAAGUAAAAAGUUAGCAACUUGUGCCAUCUCUUUGUUUCAGUUUUUUCAUGGCAAUUCAUUAUUGCCCACUCGUAUUCUUCUGCAACACGGAGGCUGUUGCUCUGUCAAAUUUUGUCUCCACAACAUUCAAAUGCAGAUUUUUCCUUGGCCUUUAGCGCAAAAAGGGAAAGUACAAAAUGGGAAGGGUAUGAUGAGAUAGACAAAGGAAAAGGCGGAGAAGAGAAGAGAGGAAAGUAGAGGAAGGUAGCUUGUAAAUAUAAUGUAUUUCGGGUUUUUGAUUGGAUUGUUUUGAUGAUGUAAUGUAAGUAGUGCAGGGUGUUGGUGUUGCCACUGCGUGAUACGUUUGUAGGGUGAGGAGGGGGAAAGUAGCAGAGUCGUCAAACGAAACCUGUAAAUUAUAUGGCAGCUGCCAGCCGGUGGUGCUGUCUGGUUUCGAGGUUUACAAUAUUGUUUUUUGCCAAGCCGAUAAAACGUAUUGUAACUUUCCCUCACAUUGUUUUCCUUACAAGCUCAAAAAUUUUCCUUAUAAAACAGAAAUUAAUUCUUA